AUGGAGUUUAACUUCAACAUCGGCAAAGUGGCCACCGACGAGGUGCUGAAGAUAAAUAACACACUAACGGUCGAGGGACACGAGGAAAACGACGAUUUGAAAAACAUAAUGAGAUUGAUCAUUGACGAAAUGGGUAAAGCAUCAGCUGUAUCUCAAGAGUUUAAGGUGCCAAUAACCAGCGCCAACAGACUUGUCAAUUCUGAUCAUGUAAUUUAUAUGAUGACCGAACACAUUAAGCCAGGUCAUUUUGCUGUUGUUGGAUUUUUGAAGAUGGGAUGGAAAAAAUUGUUUCUAUACGACAAACAAGCUUCCCGUUCAGAAGCCAAGGUCUACUGUUUGUUGGAUUUUUACAUACAUGAGUCCAAACAGCGUAAAGGUUAUGGAAUACGUUUGCUUCAAUGCAUGCUACAGGAUAUUGGUUUAGAAGCCAAACAUUUAGCAAUCGAUAAGCCAACUAAUAAACUAUUGCAGUUUAUGUGGAAGCAUUUUCAAUUAUCAAAAUUGGUAAACCAGGGAAACAAUUUCGUUAUCUUUGAAGAAUUUUUUCACAAUUCAUCAAAUGCAGAGAAAAAAAAUAACAGUGACAUUACUGGAAAUCGAGCUGUAGCUUAUAAGAGUCAACCAAUGUUUGGACGGCAUGGAGCUCAUAAACAUCAUGAUUCAAUGGCUGAAAUUAUACAAGGCGAAGGGAACGCUGCAUUUGUUAAGUUCAAGUACAACCAAGACACCGAUUUUGUUGAUAACCAGUUCAAGAAAAAGAAUCCAAAUCCUGAAAGUAAAGGUGCUUUUAUGACUGACAUGGAUGGAUACUCUGUAAAACGAGAUCUUAAAUUCCAUCACAACUCUCUGUGGUAA